AUGUGGGAGUUCCGCUCGAUGUCCUUCUGGAGGGCGGUCUUCGCCGAAUUCUUCGGCACCAUGUUCUUCGUGUUCAUCGGCAUGGGUGCGGCAACGCGCUUCGUCAGCGGGCCGCACUACGUGCUGAGCGUGGCCUUCUGCUUCGGCCUGGCGGGGGCCACCAUCAUCCAGUCCAUCGGCCACGUCAGCGGGGGCCACAUCAACCCCGCCGUCACCUUCGCCUACCUGGUCAGCUCGCAGAUGUCCCUCUUCCGUGCCUUCUUCUACGUCGCCGCUCAGAUGAGCGGUGCCGUGGCGGGUGCGGCGGUGCUGUACGGGGUCACACCGGGUACCAUGCGGGGCAGUUUGGCCCUCAAUAAGCUGCAGCCUGGCAUCAGUCUGGGCAUGGCCACCACAGUGGAGGUGUUCCUCACGCUGCAGCUGGUGGUUUGCAUCUUCGCCGUCACUGACGACCGCCGUAAUGGCCGCCUCGGGUCCGCAGCGCUCGCCAUCGGAUUCUCCAUCACCGUCGGUCACCUGAUGGGGAUGUACUACACUGGCGCUGGUAUGAAUCCGGCACGGUCCUUUGCACCUGCCAUCCUCACCAGGAACUUCAUCAACCACUGGGUGUACUGGGUAGGCCCUAUGAUUGGGGGCGCCGUGGGGGCGCUGCUCUACGACUUCAUGCUCUUCCCCAGGAUGCGGGGGCUGUCUGAAAGACUGGCCAUCCUGAAAGGCAGUCGCCCCCCGGAGGACGAGAGCCAGGGCGACACACAGGGGGAGCCCAUCGAGUUGAAGACUCAAGCCUUAUAG